AGGAGUUAUCAGCAUUCAUGCCAUUUCUGACUUUCAGGAUUGUGUACUCAAUUCCCUGAAAUCUUAUUUUCCUAAAGGAUAUUCCUCGAGGGGUGUUAUUGUGUUGCUUAUUGAUUGCAUCAAAGCCUAUCAAUAUGCCUGACUCACCUGGGAGGAAGCAUAACUUAGGAGAGCUUCUUAAGUCAGAUCCUGGUGGUCAUAGUUCUGAAAAUUCAAGAAACAAUUCACCAACUCAUCCUAUUAUAAGGGUGAAUCAAGCAGCAAAAGAUGGCAGUGCAACCAACAAUUCAACAACCGAAGCUGCACAUAUGGAAGAGGUUUCUAAAAACAAUGCGAAAAGUAAAUCUAGACCUCAAAGAUUAGCAUCAAUAACAAAAAAUGUUGCUGAACCCGGCACUCAACGCCAUAGUCCACGCGCCAAGACAAACUCAAUUUAUGAUGUUGCAGUUACCUCACCAGGGCGGCCGCCUGCGACUUCUUCGAGGGGAGUGUACCAAGGUGCAUCGAGCAACUCUAGCUCGCGCAGCAAUAGUUUAGAGAGCACCAGCACACCCCUCAGACCACAUACCGGUGGCGAUUGUAGAUGGGAAGCAAUUAACUUGGCUACCAAGGCAGGCCCUCUAAAUCUUAGCAAUUUCAGGCUUCUCAAGCGUAUUGGUUAUGGAGAUAUCGGAAGCGUAUAUCUCGCGGAACUUAAAGGAAGUAAGACCUACUUUGCCAUGAAAGUAAUGGACAAGGCUGCACUUAUUAGCAGAAACAAGCUUCUGAGAGCACAGACAGAGAGAGAGAUUCUUGGACUUCUAGAUCACCCCUUCUUGCCCACAUUAUAUUCUUAUUUCGAAACAGAUAAAUUAUACUGUUUGGUCAUGGAGUUCUGUAGUGGAGGUGAUCUCCAUUCUCUUAGACAGAAGCAACCUAACAAGUGUUUCACUGAAGAGGCUGCAAGGUUUUAUGCUUCAGAGGUUCUGUUAGCUCUUGAGUAUCUGCACAUGCUUGGCAUUGUAUAUAGAGAUUUAAAGCCAGAAAAUCUUUUAGUCAGAGAUGAAGGCCAUAUCAUGCUCUCGGAUUUCGACUUAUCACUUCGCUGUUCGGUCAAUCCUACACUUGUCAAGUCUUCAUCUGCGCACGCAAACAAUGGUAGUAGUAGCGGCGACUCUGGCAGCACAGUAGGUGAUGAACAAGCAUCACAAAGUAGUGCAACAUCAACCUUCUUCCCACGCAUUUUGCCUUCAAAGAAGAACAGGAAGGCAAAAUCAGAUUUCGGCCUAUUGGUCGGUGGAAACCGCCUGCCUGAACUGAUGGCAGAGCCGACCAAUGUGCGCUCGAUGUCAUUUGUAGGGACCCAUGAAUAUCUAGCACCUGAGAUUAUCAAAGGAGAAGGUCAUGGUAGUGCAGUAGAUUGGUGGACUUUUGGGAUAUUCUUGUAUGAGCUGUUGCAUGGAACAACCCCUUUUAAAGGCCAAGGAUAUAAGGCCACACUUUACAAUGUUGUUGGCCAGCCAUUGAGGUUCCCGGAAAAUCCACAGGUUAGUCAGGUGGCUCGAGACCUUAUAAAAGGAUUGUUGGUGAAGGAACCUCAGAACAGAAUUGCAUAUAAAAGGGGUGCCACAGAGAUAAAGCAGCACCCAUUUUUUGAGGGAGUGAACUGGGCUCUAGUUAGAAGUGCCGUGCCUCCUCAUAUACCAGACCCUAUUGACUUCUCAAAGUAUGCUAGCAAAGACACACCACCACCAGCACCGGCACCGGCAUCUGAGAAGAAGGUGGCAGAUAAUGUUGCUAGUAAUAAAAAGAACAACAGUGCUACUGAUUCUUCCUAUGUAGAUUUUGAGUAUUUUUAGCAGUAACAAUCCUACUCGGAUAUAAAUUUACCUCUUUGUUAAAAGUUCUGUACAAAAUGUCCUCCUCU